AGUCACCAAGCUGAUGCUGAACUCCCCCGGGGAUGAAAACAAGCCCAGCUUCCUGAGUUGGCUCGAUUUUUCGGAGAAGCCAAGAAAUGGGGAGAUGGAUAGUCCUCCAGGAUCAAGAAAGCAAGAAAUGAGAGAAGAAGAGAUCCCCACUCCCAAUGAUCAAGGCAGAGACUUUAGGCAGCCCCCUGACUGUGUUCCUCAGCCUUCCAGCGGUUGCCAUGUUGUCCAGCCUGGUGGAGAAGAAAAAACAGAAGUGGAGGAGUGUGAUAAGGUGGCCCAGGGCCUUGAGAUAAAGAUGCCUCCUGCUCUAAAUCUUGCUUUGGUUUCAGAGGAGUCUGAAAAGUGUUCCAGGGAAAGCGAGAACAGCCAGUCUCCUGAGAGUGGGGAAGACCUUGAGAUCUGCCAUGAACUGGGGUUGGAGUCAAACAGCCAUACUGUCUGCUUAGAAAGUCCUGGGACGGAGGGAGAACCUAUAGAGAGUUCUAAGCUGCAGACAGCCAUGGUAGUAAUGCAAGUGAAUUCUGCUCAGGAUAUCAAAGGAGGUGGCCCCUGCAAAGCUACUGCCAAAGAAGCACCAGGAGAAGAGGAAUGCAGGCUGCAAGAGGAAAGAAAGAAGGUGAGGAAACAAGAGGAUGAGAAAGCCCUGAAAGUGGCUGAUAUGAAGAAGACCUUUGAGAAACAGAAACCUGCAGCUGAGAAGUCUACUCCACCAGCUAGAAAAGAAACAAUGAGACGAGUGGUACGACAGAGCAAGUUUCGGCACGUGUUCGGUCAAGCGGUGAAAAAUGACCAGUGUUACGAUGACAUUAGAGUUUCCCGCGUUACCUGGGACAGUUCAUUUUGUGCAGUCAAUCCCAAAUUUGUUGCAAUAAUAAUAGAGGCUAGCGGAGGUGGUGCAUUUCUGGUUCUGCCUUUACACAAGACAGGUAGAAUUGACAAAUCCUACCCCACAGUUUGUGGCCAUACAGGACCAGUGCUAGACAUAGAUUGGUGCCCUCACAACGAUCAUGUCAUCGCCAGUGGCUCAGAAGACUGCACUGUGAUGGUCUGGCAAAUCCCAGAAAAUGGGCUCACGCUUUCCCUGACGGAGCCAGUGGUCAUCUUAGAAGGCCAUUCCAAGAGAGUUGGCAUAGUGGCGUGGCACCCCACGGCGCGCAAUGUGCUGCUCAGUGCUGGUUGUGACAAUGCCAUCAUAAUCUGGAAUGUGGGCACAGGUGAACCCCUCAUCAAUCUGGAUGACAUGCACCAGGACAUGAUAUAUAACGUGAGUUGGAAUCGCAGUGGGAGCCUCAUCUGCACAGCUUCCAAAGACAAAAAAGUCCGAGUGAUUGACCCCAGGAAACAAGACAUUGUUGCAGAGAAAGAGAAGGCCCACGAGGGAGCGCGGCCCAUGAGAGCCAUCUUCCUCUCCGAUGGGAAUGUUUUCACCACUGGGUUUAGCCGCAUGAGCGAAAGGCAGCUGGCACUCUGGAAUCCUAAAAAUAUGGAAGAGCCCAUUGCCCUCCAUGAAAUGGACACCAGCAAUGGGGUGUUGCUGCCUUUCUAUGACCCAGAUACCAACAUCAUUUACCUAUGUGGAAAAGGUGAUAGCAGCAUUCGCUACUUUGAGAUCACAGAUGAGUCCCCAUAUGUGCACUACCUCAACACUUUCAGCAGCAAAGAGCCACAGAGAGGGAUGGGAUUCAUGCCAAAGAGGGGCCUUGAUGUGAACAAGUGUGAAAUAGCCAGAUUUUUCAAACUUCAUGAGCGAAAGUGUGAGCCCAUUAUCAUGACUGUCCCUCGGAAGUCUGACCUUUUCCAAGAUGAUCUGUAUCCAGAUACAGCUGGGCCUGAAGCCUCUCUGGAAGCUGAGGAGUGGUUUGAGGGAAAGAAUGCUGAUCCCAUUCUCAUUUCCUUGAAGCAUGGAUACAUUCCAGGCAAAAAUAGGGAUCUCAAGGUGGUCAAGAAGAACAUCUUAGACAACAAGCCAGCGGCGAACAAGAAAAGUGAUCUCAUUAGCGCCCCAAAGAAAGUAAUGGACUCCUCAAACACUCAAAAUGAAGCCAAAUUGGAUGAAAUUUUGAAAGAGCUCAAAUCCCUAAAAGACACAAUCACCCAUCAAGACGAACGCAUUUCCAAGUUAGAACAGCAGAUGGCAAAAAUUGCGGUCUGAGAGCCAAGCGGGGACGGGGGAGGGAGGGAAGGAAGGAAGCUGAACUCAAGCUGUGAGCCAAGGGCAGGGCUCUGGGCGGUGAGGAGGUGGCACUGCCACUGGGAAGAAUGUCUCUCUUUUCCAAAGCUGGCCCUCAGGACCAUCUGGAGCCCUGUUGCAGUCCGAGCUUUCUCCUCCUCAAUUCAGAAGCACCAACAGAAGCCAAGCCUUUUUAGUGAGAAAUCUGAUUUCCUACUGUUUUUGUGACCUUGUGGCCAUUUCAAAAACUGCUGCUGUGCUACUACUUGUUCCUACUCUUUUAUGAAUUUAUUUGAAAGGCAAUCAUUCCACCUUUCUCACAAAGAACCAAGAUAGGUAUCAAACCUCCUACGAUUUGGGACCAGAAUUAUAUUGGUGGUUUUUUUUAACCUUUUUUUUUUUUUUUUUGAAACUUUAAAGUUGCCAAAGUCCAAAAGUGAUUUCUUUUUUUCCUUUUUACCAUUUUGCAGUAUUUUGUGGUCUUAGUCUGAAGGAACAUCGCUCUCUGUGUAUUUGUGCCAUUCAGAGAACAAAAAAGAGUUUUGUGGAAGCCUUCUGUGUUUGAACAAUUGGAGCGGUUGUCUCCCUGCCAUGUCUGAAACACCCAGCCAUACAAUAGCUUCAGCUCUCUGGCUUGUCCUAAAUGAUGGAUCCCCUCAUCUCUGUUGGCUCAAAAGUGAGGCAAAUGAACCUUCCCCGUUCUCCCCUUCGGCCUCCAGCUUUGCCAUCGCAGGGAUGGAGUGCUUUGUCCUGAGCUGCAUAUUGGAGUUUGUGCUGCCAUUAUUCAAACCUAUGUUGUGCUUUGGUUUAAUCUUAAUCGUGUCAAAAACUGGCUUGUUGUGGAUGCUGAUUUCUGAGUCCAUGUUUUCCUGCAGAUGUUUGUUCUAUUUAUCAUUCCUGGAUAAGGUUUUCAGAAAGUAAUGUAUGUGAGGGUAAGGACAAAAGAUCAGCCACUAAAUUUUGCAAGCUGCCGGGAGGCUGUCUGGGAUGAUUCUCUUCCCUCUGCCACUCCUUCCUCUUGGGUUUGCAACUACAUCUCUCUCAGAGUCCUGGGGCUUCUCCUAUGAAAAAUCCCUUGGAAUAGUAAUGAAAUUAUUAUGAUUGUUAUUAAGGAACUCUUCUGUUGCUUAAGAAACUCCAGGUACUGUUGGAUUGCCUGAGUGGCGGCUGGACCUCGACCUGAACUUGGUGGUACAGCCCUGGAUCAUCAGGGUAGCUUGAAGGCAGGCAGGGAAAUGGCUUCUGAGCAACUCAGUCUGUGCCAGAGAGGAAAGGCCCUCCGGCUCAGGAGCCAUGCCAGAUUGGGAGCCUGGGGGCUCCUUGGGUCAUCUGCUAGGCUGGGGGCUACACUUAACUGCCCCCCAGCUACCUUCAGUAGUGGGGCUCCAGUGCUGGUGGCUUUGUCCGAACCACAAACCUUAAGAAUCUGCCAAAAUACUUAGACCCAAGUAGUGCUUCUGGCAGUUCUCUUGCUUUCUUUGCCAGGUGUAGGGCCUAGGCAUUCCAUUUCUCCUCUUCCAGUCUCUCCACUCCUCUGCAUGCCUUGCCUUGUGUUGCCUGGGGCUACCAGGCAAGGCACUAAAAAAAAGGCUAUGCUGUAGUGCAGCCUUACUCAGAGUCCUGGGCUUGCUACCUGGCAUCGGUCGCUCCCAGUGACUCUUGUAAUCUCUCCUACAGUCAAACUUCAUCUCCAGCAGAGCCCUAAACAUGUUUUCUUCCUCAGGCCUGCGGGAUUCUCUCUUGUCCUGCAAAAUCCCUCCCCAGUCUUAGCAUACAGUAUACUCCUCCUCCCUUUUUUGCUUCCAGCUGCAUUAUUCCCUAACAGCCACCCGGCAGAUGUGUAGCUGCCAGAUGUGGUCAAAGGCUGUGGUGAAGCUGGCAGGCUCUGGUUGGAGAUGGCUGAGUCCAGAGGCAAGCUCCUCCUGCUUGAAGCAUAGGAAACACUGUCACUUGAGGAGUGGAAGGCUGGGUAGGCAGUUCCAUGCAUGCAAUGCGUUGUGCCAGAUCCUGUCUGGCAGACAGGGAAAAGCUCUGGGGCAGCCACAAUCAGAAACGUAUACAGCAAAGGCACAGUGUCAAAAUGGCCCCAGAACAUGGAAUGGAUAGUACAGUGUGCUUACAAAUGCCCCACGUGUUUUGCUAGAGAAGGCAGUUCUUCUGUUAAAGGCAACAGCAUGCCACCCUGAUCAUCCAGGCCUUUACGGGCAUAUUGCUGGUUUUCUGACUUGACAAGUGUUUCGGUGCCAUUUUAGAGUUUAGGCUCCUUUUUCGUUCCUUGGUUUGGUUGGACCAGCAGGGACCAAUCUCUCUCCCUCCCCUGCCCCCAGUCCUCUGGCUUCCGGCUGGGGCAGUGCUGUGGAGUUGCCUGACACCGGGGGAAGAAAACCCUCUGUCUGGAAAAAAGAGUGCGCCAGCUGCUCUGUUGGGAAGACUCUUUGUUAGCCAAAGUUUGAGUUAUGUCUGUAUUCUGUCCAUGGUUAAAUACACAUAUGUACCCUUGUAUACCAACCAACCUAGGAGUCCAUUACACUGCCUCCUCUGGGAUUUUUUUUUAAAGUAUGCUAUGGGGUUUUUGUUGUUGUUGUUGUUGAUCAGUAGCUAAGCUAGAAUUUCCAAUUUUUUUAAAAAAAUAAAAUGCACGUUCAGACCAGAGUCUGUGGCUGGGGGCAGUGAGGCAGAUGUUGCCUGUCCACGUGGGAAAGCCAUUCCAUGUGGACAGAUUCAGAUUCGGGUCAGGCAUGUGCUGAGGGGAGAAGGUAUGUGCAUCCAAUCUCACAGGAUUAAAUCUUUGUCAGAGGGUCACCUCUGUAGGUUGUGGGUAAGAAAGUGCCAGGACAAGGCUAGUCCAUACAGAUGGGUAGGGGUUUGGAGACGAGACAACAGGUCGGGUCCUCGGAUGAUGGGCAGCACUGCGCUAAUUGAGAAGUGAAGUUGUGGCAAUUUUAAACAAAGUGAGGGAGCUCACCUCCCCAGCCCUUACUACCUUGAUGCUCUGUUGUACAUUAGGGAUGGACAAAGUAUGGCCAGUGGGCCACAGUUGCUCAGAGCCAUUGUUAUUGCCCCCAGGCCCCACAAUCCCCCCCCCAAUACUCUCUGAAAAACACAGGGGCAUUUUCCUCCUACUCUUCCCUAAAACAUUGCCAGACCUCAGUGGGUGACUUCUGUUGGUUUUUGAAAGGGAAGGGUGGAAAGGCAAGCUCUCUACCCCACACUCCCCCCCCCCCCAAAUAUGUUUUAAAAGUGAUGUUUGUGUUUUAUUUAAGAAGACUGGUGAUGCCUAGCCGGGCUCAAGAAGGAGUCAGUGCCUGCAGCUUCUUGCUCGCUGUGAUGUGCCCCCCAAGAUCCAACCAGAAAGCAUGGGAGAGAUGCGCUCUUAUAGAGCGCCUGUAGUGUUCUGUCCAAAUAUUUGCUUCGGAUUUCACAGAUUAAAAGUCAUGAUUGAGUACAAA